GCCACCACAACACAACAACAGUAGUGACAUUGAAAACCGACCCUGCUGACGAAAGCAGAGCAAUGGGUACCUCGCAUUGGUCUACUAGGUAUGGUGGUGGUACAGCUGGGAUGAGACACAACACUCCCGUUGUUGUUAUCUAGAGUGACGACGACGGCGGUGUAACGAUAACGUCCGUAUUCGACAGCUUGUCCAAUUGAGCUGUCGACGAGCUUGUUUAGUUCUCAGUUUCCCGCAAGCGGCACGACAGUGAAGUAUUAUGAUUCGGGCGUUCAGCAAGAAAUGGCUGCUCGGCGCACUGUUCUCGAUCGUAGCUGUUAUGGGUUUGCUAACCCUGUUCGGUUCCAGUUUGGAAAUUUCCGGAUUCCAGGACACAUUGCGGCACAAGUUUAUCGCUAAAAGUGCCGAGAGUGUCACUGAACCAGCAGAGAACAAUGAAACGACAUCCAAAUUCCAGUACACCUCGCAGACAUUGAAUCCAAGAUUUCCCAUACCCCCGGGAGAUAUGGGAGCAGCUGUAACUCUCGGGGUCACAAAUGAAGGAAUCGCGGGCUUGGUAAAAGAGGGAUACCAGAUGCAGGGAUUGAAUCAGUUUCUUUCCGAUUUGAUGUCCGUACAUCGACGGCUUCCCGAUGUUCGAGACGAUUGGUGCAAACAACCGGGAAGGUUUCUCAAAGAACUGCCCGAUACUUCGAUUGUGAUUGUAUUCUACAACGAAGCGUGGUCGGUGCUGGUGCGUACAGUUCACUCAAUUCUGGAUCGAUCACCUCCCAAUCUGGUGAACGAAAUAGUGCUGGUAGAUGAUUGCUCUUAUCUUCCACACACGAAAACGCAACUCGACGACUAUUUUCGGUCGUUCCCGAAGGUGCGCGUUCUGCGGGCUCCCGAAAGGCAAGGAUUGAUUCGGGCCCGACUACUGGGGGCACGGAACACAACCAGCCAGAUUAUCACAUUCCUGGAUGCCCACGUUGAGUGCACAGUUGGAUGGUUAGAGGCACUGCUAGAUGUGGUUGCCAGGAAUGCCACCACCAUCGCCAUUCCUACGAUCGAUUGGAUCGACGAGCAUGAUAUGCAUCUGCGAACGGAACACGCUCCCAGCUACUACGGUGCGUACGAUUGGGAUCUGAACUUUGGUUGGUGGGGUAGAUGGAGCCGAAAACAUCAGCCCACGAAUAAAAUGGAACCGUUCGAAACGCCCGCCAUGGCCGGAGGUUUGUUUUCUAUCAAUCGAUCGUUCUUUGAACGACUGGGAUGGUACGAUGAAGGAUUCGACAUCUAUGGGAUCGAGAACAUUGAACUGUCGAUGAAGAGCUGGAUUUGCGGUGGAAGAAUGUUGACGGUUCCCUGUUCACGAGUGGCGCACAUCCAGAAAACCGGACAUCCGUAUCUGGUUCAGACGAAGAAGGAUGUGGUACGGGCGAAUUCGUUACGAUUGGCUGAGGUAUGGAUGGACGAGUACAAACAAAUCAUUUUCGACAUCUAUGGAAUUCCAAAGUACCCGGAGGAGGAAGUGGGAGAUGUUUCCUCCAGGAAAGAGGUCAGACAAAAGGCCAAUUGCAAGACGUUUAAAUAUUACGUACAGAAUGCAUUUCCAGAAAUGAACAACCCUAUGGUGGAGGGUGCUUUCCAUGGGGAGAUGAAGAACAAGGCAUUGGGAAACGACACCUGUUUGGAGUAUCAAUUGGAAACCAAUAAGGUCGUCAUGGCAACAUGUGAUCAUCAGCAGACGGGUCAGUUCUGGGCGCAUAACUACUACCAAGAGCUGAACAGCUACAAACACUGCCUUGACUACACUGGCAAUGAAUUGGGAGUAUAUGGUUGUCACCGAUCGAGGGGAAACCAAGCGUGGCAAUACCUGACGAAGUCGAAUCAAAUCAAGAGUGUUAAGCACGGGAAGUGUCUGGGAUUGAACAUGGAAACCAUGAACACGUUGACUGUGGAAGAGUGUGAUGAAAACAAAGAGUCUCAGAAGUGGCUUGUGUCGUUCGUAGAUAUUGACGCGUCCAUUUUCAAAAAACGCGCGUGACAGCCAUAAUUUAGUUGAACCGUUUUAAAAUAAGUUUUAGUUAAGUGAAAGUUUUUAAACAUGUAAUGAGCCAAAUAAAGGAUACCUCGGAUUUACUCGAAA